AUGUCAGAGCGAAUACCUAUAGUGCCCGAAGGCUUGGCGGCGAGCCCUGCCUUUUCACCCGGCGUCCGCGUCGGAGAGUUUCUGUUCGUUUCCGGCCAGAUAGCCCAGGGCGCGGACGGCCAGUUGGUGGGCGAAGGCGACUGCGCCGCACAGACCCGCCAGGUCAUGGCCCGCAUCCGCACCAUCGUUGAGGCGGCAGGGGCCAGCAUGCAGGACGUGGUCAAGAUUACGACCUUCCUGGUCAACCUGGACGACUACCCCGACUUCAGCGCGGUCCGCUCCGAGACCUUCCCCGCCAGUCCACCGGCCAGUUCCACGGUGGUGGUGGCCGCACUGGUCCGACCCGAGUUCCUGGUUGAAGUUGAGGCGGUGGUGCAUAUUCCAGGCAAUUAA